AUAGUCAUGAAUAUACUGAUCCGGAACCACUACCAAGUCUCCACCUUCAAAGCACUCCUGCAAACUUCCUAGUACACUUGAUAUACAUAGCCAUUUCACUGAACUCUCACACGAUUCAACGACUAUCAACAUGAAGUUCUCCGCUCUUACUGUGGGCAUUGUCGGCAUGAGCCUUGAUCACCUUAUCCAAGCAGCACCAAUAGAUGUUGCUAGCAUUGCUAAGAGUGGUGUUGCCGAUCAGGCAUAUCAAAUUCUCCAAGAGACCAACGACAAGAGGGGUGUCGCUGAUCAAGCAUAUCAAAUCCUUCAGGAGACCAACGACAAGAGAGGUGUCGCUGAUCAAGCAUACCAGAUUCUCCAAGAGACCAACGACAAGAGAGGAGUCGGUAUUGCUGACCAGGCAUACCAGAUUCUCCAAGAGACCAACGACAAGAGAGGAGUCGGUAUUGCUGACCAGGCAUACCAGAUUCUCCAAGAGACCAACGACAAGAAGCGUCGAGCAGACUAA